CAACACGCCCAACCGGAAGUCUUCACUUCACGUCUCUACUUCUCGUUCCCGGCGGCUCUGUGGUCUGUACGGGUGUGCAACGGCUCCAAACGGCCCCAGGAGAAGAGAUCCAGAUGUGCUGUGGACUUCCGCACCUGUGAGGAACACUGACACGGGUGAACAUGGCGGAGGAAGGUACGUGGACUGGCCCGACCUCCGGAUCUGAGCGCUGACAGCAGAAGAGGGAAGCUCAGCCUGAACACACAGUGCAGGAGGCAGCAGCAGGUCCACUUAUUGUCCUGGUACAGUCUGGGGAGGACACUUCACUGCAAUCUGUACCGAGAACACGAACAGCACUCCGGCACACAGGGGCCAUGAGCAGUGAGCUGAACGUGCCCAUGGGGUCCCCCGCACCCGGAGCCUCAGAGCAGGCUGCUGACGGCGGGAUGGACUACAGGGACUGGGUGCGGCGGAGCUACCUGGAGCUGGUCAGCUCCAACCACCACUCAGUGCAGGCCCUGUCCUGGAGGAAGCUCUACCUGAGCCGGGCCAAGCUGAAGGCCUCCAGCAGGACGUCUGCUCUGCUCUCCGGGUUUGCAAUGGUGGCCAUGGUGGAGGUGCAGCUGGAGAUGCAGUACAGCUACCCUCCUGUGCUCCUCAUCGCCUUCAGUGUGUGCACCACGGUGCUGGUGGCGGUGCACCUCUUCGCUCUGCUCAUCAGCACCUGCAUCCUCCCGAACGUAGAGGCCGUCAGCAACAUCCACAACCUCAACUCUGUAAGUGAGUCUCCACACGAGCGCAUGCACUACUACAUCGAGCUGGCGUGGGGCUUCUCCACAGCGCUGGGCAUCCUCCUGUUUUUAGCAGAGGUGGUCCUCCUCUGCUGGAUCAAGUUCCUGCCCGUGGACUCCCUUGAGGUUAAAAAGGGGAACAACUGCUGCUCCACAGCGACACUACCAACACCUGUGCCGCAGUACAGCGGCUGGCAGGCGGCGCUGGCCUCCACCAUCAUCAUGGUGCCCGUUGGGGUGAUUUUUGUGGUGUUCACCAUUCACUUCUAUCGCUCUCUGGUGCGCCACAAGACAGAGCGCCACCACCAGGAGAUCGAGGAACUGCAUAAGAUCAAGGUGCAGCUAGACGGCCACGAGAGAGGCCUCCAGACUGUGUGAGCACAGGACCGCAGCUUUAAGACUUCCCUUUGUAUCCCAUAUUUAUCCUCUCCUUCUCCGUCUGUUUCUCAAAGCCUCACUCUGACGAGGAGCCUCACAGCUCGUCAUCCUGCAGCUCAGACAGUCGACACGUGUCAGAGUGAUAAUUUAUUCUUAAGGUGUUACGUGUUUCUGGGGUUAGCUUGUCUGUGUUUUAGCUCUGUAUGAAGUCUGGGUCGAUGAUGAUGUCAAAAAAGAAGUUUACAGAAAAAGGGCUAAAACGUAGGGAUGCACCGAUCUGACUGCUCUCUGUCCUGGAUCUGGGGUCCCCCUUUCAUCUGUGAGGCGACAUAACCCUUUACUUUUUUUUACACAAAGCCUUUGGAGGUGUAAGGUGUUCACCCCUGAACCGUCUUCGUACGGCUAAGAACCUGUGAAAUACCUCACCAGAGGAGACAGAGUAAGCACAAGUCAUUCAAAAGAUUCAAUCUGAACAGAUCAAGUUAGGAUCUCUUUGACAUCAACACCAGUUCAGUUGUUCGAGUCUUUAUCAGACAGACGUAAAAACAAGGUCGGUGCAUCCCUCCUCAUAUGUUCUGUGUGCCAUUUUUUGUGCCAUGUCUCUGUUUUCACGGUCGGGUUUGGUAAGGAUAACCAGUUCUCUUUGGAUUUGGACAAACUCAAACAAAUCUCUUAUUGGAUCUUUUAUUUUUCCACAAGCCGCCAAGUUCACCUGAAGAAAUGGCAAACACAAUCAUUCUAAUACCAAAGUAACAUGACUAAGUGUUGCAUAAGCUGGACUCUCCACUCAACCAGAGACGGUUUGUCAGAGGAAGAAGAGAGCAUGGUGCCAAGUCCAUUAUGAGAAUCUCCAAAUGAAACUGCUCAUCCUGCUUCAGUUAUUACAGCUUGUAAAUGUUAUAGUUCUGAAUCCAGACCGUCAGUAUUCUGGUACUCAUGGAAAAUGUGUGCCAAAGUGUUUUUGCACCUUAAUCUAUCAUCAGAAUCUGAAUGAACACAUCGACCUUGUGUCACCUCUCAGAGACCUUAUCUCAUAUUGUAUCCGGUGUUGGUUGGUAUGCCGGUUGCAUUGACUAAGAAGCUCACAUUUCUGCCCUCUCAGUGCAACCAAAGAUCUGACUCUUUGAUUCAAAGUUAUCUAUAACUCUAUUUCCUUACAAACGUUGAACAUUAGAUGCAUUCAGUACGAGAUUUGAAAAGAUUAGGAUUUACAGAAGUCAUUCAAGACUGCUUCAAAUCCGAUCCAACCCGACCCGUUUCGCAUGGAUUAUGACGUGAAUGUUCUUCAGUCGAGCUCACAUUUAUUGUUCAACUGAGCUUUUUAGCUGCAAAGACUGCAUCGCACUGUUUAACUCACUGAUUGAGGGCCUUUUACACUGUGUUCAACCUUGUGAAGUCUUAAAAAUGUUACAUUCUUGUCAAAGUGUGGAGAUUUAUGUUACUAUGUUUUAUAUCCCAAAUCUCACACACGCCUCGGGCUCAUUUUCCUCCUUUAAUGUCUUUUACAAAGACCACAGCUCCUGUGUAACGGCCAAAUUCCACCAGAUCCGUGUCCGGUCCGUCUCUGAUCCGUCACAGCAACACAUCUGAUAGGUUUCUAUUCUAGUCAAUGUGUUAACUUCCACUGGAACCGCUCCAUUGCGUUCCGGCUCUGCACGACUCAUCAAUCCCCACAGAGCAGAUGGAGCGGGACAGGAAGUCAGGCACCAAAACAAAAUGAAAACAUCCGGUUAAUUUUCAGAAUAAAACACUCAUGUUUAGUAAUUACCGCGGGAAAACCUCGGUCACAUGACUCCAGCUGUCCGGCGGUCCGUGCAGCUCCGUGCUGCAUUCUGCAAACGCAAUCAGUGGGUGUUGAAGGACGAAAGAUCACAGAGCCGGACAGGACACAAAUCUGGUGGAAGCCCUGUGUAAGAGGUGUCAUCCCUCCUGCACACUGAUGCUGCUCUCUGCUUCAACAUGAAUGUGUUACUGUCCAAAUAUAUAGUUCAGCCUUACAGAAGGAUGAUCGCCUUUUAUGAACUGCUGUUUUGCUGUUUUGCCUGAGGUCAUAAAACGAGCAGCUGUGUUUACUGAGAGAGGAGUUUAGCAUGACAAACAGCAACUUUGAACUGAAGAGAGGCCGGAGGGCUGCAGAGAAGAUCAACAUGGUGAAGAGUGUGAAGGCAGAGUGCAUGUUGGAAUCAGCAUGAUGUCCAGUGUAUUUACUGAAUGAUACUGGACGCCUCUCUGUGAAGAACAACACACACACACACACACACACACACACACACACACACACACACACACACACACACACACACACACACACACACACACACACACACACACACACACACACACACACACAUUGGUUGUGCAGUUACUGUGUAAACAAAAAAGAAUAUGUACCAACCUGUUCUCACAUUCCAGUCAAUCCGAUCACUGACCAAAGUGUUGCUCAGUUGGUGUUUCUGCCUCUGAAGAGACAAAGUGCACUUGUAGUUUAUUUGUACAGAGAUCUUUUCUCCCUUUGUCUCGUGUCUUAGUGCUUCUUUAAUUCAUAUUGCAGAGUUCAUGGAGAUUAAACUCAUAGCUUGCAACAGAGUUCCACAAUGAAACCAAUAAAACCAAUAUUAAAGCUCU